UCGCGUUCCGUGCGGCAGGUGGGGGAGACGUGGUCGCGAGUGGGAGGUAGAGUCCGCACCACAGAGGUGGAAGAGGACGGGAUUUAGGCUGGAAGAGCCUUAGAGGAGCCAUUUCCAGGUUCUUGAAGCUUUCCUGAUCACCCGCAUGAUUCUCAUCUUGGUUUGAAGUAGGAUGGCUGCUUUGGUUUUAUGUGAACCAACAGAGCUUUACAACAUCUUGAAUCAGGUCACAAAACUAUCCCGACUGACUGAACCCAACUAUCUCUGCUUAUUGGAUGUGCGUUCCAAACAGGAGUAUGAUGAAAGCCAUGUGAUUACAGCCCGUCGAGUGAAGAAGAGAGCAAAUGAGUAUCUUCUCCCGGAGUCUGUGGAUCUGGAGUGCGUGAAAUACUGUGUGGUGUAUGAUAACAACACCAGCACCCUGGAGAUCGCCUUAAGAGGGGAGGACGAGGAGGACAACACCGAAGAUGGUAGACAUGAACUGGUGCCCGGAGCUGCCGUGGAGUGUGGCAGGGUGCUGGCCCACCUCACCCACCACCCCAUCUGCAUCCUGAAAGGAGGCUACGAACGCUUCUCAGCCAUGUACCACUUCCUCCGGACACAGAAGAUCAUCUGGAUGCCACAGGAACUGGAUGCCUUUCAGCCCUACCCUGCUGAAAUCAUGCCAGGCAAGAUCUACCUGGGCAAUUUCAGGCAAGCCUGCGACCCGAAAAUUCAGAAGGAUUUGAAAAUCAAAGCACAUGUCAAUGUCUCCAUGGAGACAGGGCCAUUUUUUGUAGAUGACAGUAACAAACUUCUGCACAUCAAGAUUGAAGAUUCCCCGGAAGCCAACAUUUUCCCCUUUUUACGGCACCUCUGUCACUUCCUUGAAGUUCACCUCCGGCUUGGCUCAGUCAUCCUGGUCUUUUCCACCCUGGGCAUCAGUCGCAGCUGUGCGGCCACCUUGGCCUUCCUCAUGCAUUGGAAGGAGCAGACCUUGAAGAAGUCCUGGGCCUAUGUCAAGAAGUGCAAAAACAAUGUGCAUCCCAAUCGGGGCUUGGUGGCUCAGCUGUCGGAGUGGGAGAAGGUCAUCCUCGGAGACUCUGUCACAGACAUCUGGGAUCCACUCUACUGAUCUUCUCUGUGGUCCAGCUGUGGGUCCUGAAGAACUUCGCUUGGGGGCCUCUUGUGGGUAGUGGGCCAGGCUGUGUAACCAGGUUGGUGUGGAAAGAGAAGGCCUUUGCUGCCUGGAGUCUUGUGUCAGCCUCUUGCAGUGGUUCUUCUCAGGCGCCUCGUUCACGCCCCAGAGCAGGCGUACUCUGCUCAGACUCAGCGAGAGC